AUGGUUCUGCAACACCUGCUCUCGCUGUUGGUUUUGCCGCUGUUCGUCCAGCUCCUUCAAGUUGAGGGUUUUAGAGUCCCUAUCAGCGACACUGACUCGUUACGCGAAGUAUGUUCCGGAAUGUAUGGUGGUAAGGACGCGUACAUCGAAGUUAAUUUCGACCCUACUUCCUCCGGUCAAGUAGCUUUGAUCAUAUACGAGUGGAAAGAUGUGCCGUAUCUCGGCGUGGAAAGUUCGGAUAAUUCGAGGACCUACAUCUGUACCACUUCGGCUGUUCGUUCUGGAUUGUGUCUGCCAUCCCAAUUAGGACAAUUCAUCACAUCUUUACCCCAGGGCGUUACGCAGGACUCCACAUCUAUCUUCACUAGUCCACUCAAAUUCUCGUCUGAUCCCAUUCCCUCUCCGACUACUGAGCAAGAUGAUGAGAGUGAUGAAGUGUCUGCACCGUCUACUACCAGUCACACUUUAGCGACGGAGACUGCAACGGUCGACUCCGACUUAGAUGAUGGGCAAUUAGAAGCAGAGGAAGCAGCCGAGGAGUUGGCAGAAGCCGUUGGUGAUUGGAAACGUCAGCUUGGAAACGAUAUCAUUGGCAGUGUCACUGACACUCUUGGCGCGUCCGUUGGCGCCGAUGAUGAGGCUUUUGACAUGGGAGGGGAAGAGGAAACACCUAGUACCAGCGCAGGGGGUGGAGCAGGGAUUUUAGAUACUUCUGACACCGGCACUGUGCCAGUGUAUACAGCUCCUAUCACUUACAGUGUUGCAAAGACAGGGUACUACUGUGUCGGUAUUGUGCCCGUAACUCUUGUAAAUUCACGAUCUGAGAUUCCACUCGAAGCUCGGGAAUUACCGGCGGUUGAGUACCCAAAAAUCAACUUCUACGCCGCCUUGAGUCUGGUCUAUUUCGUACUUGGGUGUGGAUGGGCGUAUCUAUGUGUCCAGCAAUUACGAGAGCUACUGCCAAUGCAAUAUUACAUUUCUGGUACCAUUGUCUUCCUCAUCAUAGAGAUGCUGGCACAACUCGCGUACUACCGGUAUAUAAACAAGCACGGCGGCGGUACCACAAGUGUUGUAUUCCUCUUUGUCAUCGCAAUCCUCAACGCCGCAAGAAACUCAUUAAGCUUCUUCUUACUAUUAAUUGUCAGUAUGGGUUUGUCAGUAGUGACGCAAAGUCUCGGUGCCGUGAUGACCCGGGUUAGGAUUUUGACUGCUUUGCACUUCAUCUUCGGAGUUAUGUACUCUGUCGGGACCGUGGAAGUGGAACUAGACAGCGCAUCUCUCCUUAUCGUGUUAUUGAUGAUUUUCCCCCUGGCCCUGACCCUCACCGCUUUUUUGAUGUGGAUCAUCGUGUCUCUUAAUGGCACUAUCAUGCACCUACAGGCGAGAAAACAACGGUACAAGCUUCAGAAGUUUCAACGACUAUGGAGAAUUCUCAUCAUCUCCGUGAUCGCUGUUGCAGGCUUCUUCGUUGUCUCUUCCAUGAGCUUAUCAAACCGACUGGAUGAAGAUUAUGCUCCAAACAACUGGAAGUACAGGUGGAUAUUGCUAGAUGGUUCCCUUGCUACAAUCUACCUGUGCGCCUUUGCAGCGAUCGCUUGGCUAUGGAGACCAACCCGAGAUAAUGUACAGUUUUCAAUGUCCCAAGAGCUUGCGCAAGACGAAGCCGAGGCGGAUGCUGAAGAUUAUGAGAUCGAUUCGCUUGAAGCUGGUCGACACCAGCCCCUUGCUCAGCAUGACCUUGAGACGGACGGCGAGUACAGAAACCUGGUCGAUGAAAGAGACGGUCAAGUAGUGUUCGCAAUGGGUGAAGAUAGUGAUGAAGAGGGCAGUGAGAAUUCUCGACAUCAGAAGAAAGGUGGUUACAGAGAUAGCGAGGACGAUGCCGCCUCGACAGACGAAGACAAAAGAGGUAAACACGAUUGA